ACUUCCACUUGCCAGUUGCAGUGUUGGAACAAAAUUUGAUCACCUAGGCUCUGCUCCGAGUCAAGCCAGAGAUCUGUCUGGGAAAGUGUGGUGCUUUAGGAUGGCUCCUCAUCCUCCUGGCAGCCAGGACUGCCUUUCAACAUCAACUGAAGGACCCACAGUAAGGCCUGAUCAUUCUCAGAUGAUAACUUCAAAUGGGGACCCAAGGCUUGAGGUGCAAACUGCAGAGCUGGGAAAACGCACACUCAGUGUAUGUCCUGCCUGACUUCUCUGUGGCACAUGGUUUGGAAGUAGAGCUCAUGGAGGAGAUGAUGAAUGUCAUUGCACAUAAUUAGUAGAAACAGGCUGGCUCAUCCUCUUGGCUCUGGCUGAGACUGCAAUAGAGGUAUCCUUCCUGAAAUCUUUGAGACAAACCCAGACUGAACAGAUACUAAAGAGCUCCCAGGGAAUCAGGAGAGAAUGUGGCCCUUCCUGAGCACCAGGAUCUCACAUUUCCACUACAACAGCACAGUGCUGCUCUCCUGCCCAGCAAUUUCUUUGCCUGAGGAUUUCCAAGUAUGAGAUUGAUAGAUGGUGUGUAUCUGCUAUGGCAAAGGUUUCCCUUUUCUGCAUAGCUGAGAGAAGGCUCUGUCAAGUUAACAGGAGAAGGAUGGAGAUAAGUUGCACCAGAUUCCCAGCCUGAAAGCAUUUGCUUCUGAAGAUGACUGCUGAACAAGGAGGGAAAAACAAGAACCUAAGAUUGCCAAGCCAAGCCUUUGCUAGCCCCAAGGCAUGACCACUGAGCAGCUGCAUGCUGCAGACAAUACCAGAGACACGGGAGAGUGGAAAGCACACAGGGCACAGGCAAGUAAACAAGAUUUGAUACACAGCCCCAUGAAGAACGUGUACACAGGUAAGUUUAUGGCACAGUUCAAAUGCCAGCUCAGUUGGCACAUCCACAAUUUAAGAUCUAAUGACAAUCAAGUUUGUUUGUGAAUUAAAAAAAAAAACAGAACAAAACCAACAACUAGGUGAAUCUGCCUUUCAUAUGUCCAGGAUGUAAUUAAGGAUGUAGUGAAGUGGGCAUGGAAUUAAAUGGACUAUUGGAGAUCAAAAAGACAAAAAAAACAUCUUCACUUGAUGAUCCCAGGUGCAGUUUGCUUAAAUAAAAAAGUCAUCUUAUUUUUACAGUACUGAAGAAUAGAAGAACUUCUGCAAUGGGCAUUGAUACUGAGACUGAGCACACCAGCAGUGCUGGGCUUGAAAUCUCUACACCACAAAAGAAGCAGCAUCUCCUGGGAUUGGCAGGUGGGAUUGCAAGUAGCACUGCAGAGAAACAUGCAUUUGGAAAAGGAUGCUGUGGCCCUUGAGAGGCCAUGCCCUGUGCAUUGUGCAGUCUUCAAUUUGUACCUUCCUGACCUUGGGCUGGGAGCCCUGUGUAUCCCAAAAAUUCUCUUACAGAGCUGUUUAAGAGACCAGCUCUGCUCUUGGCCUCAGUUUUCACCAGGUCAUCCCUGGAGAGUUCCAUACAUCCCCAUUUCCCAAUCUGACCUCAUGUUUGAGUGAAGCAGCCUGGUGCCUCAGUUCUGACAGGCUGAUCUCAGCAGUGGGGGUGGAUAGUGAGGAAAUGAUGCUCCUAGGAAGUGAAAGUCUGUACUCUGAUGGGGGGGUUAGGUUUUCUUUUCUUGCACCAAGAAAGUAAAAAGUCCUGUUUUGCAUAUAGCAAGCCUGCUUUUGGCUAAUGCACUUGCCAGAGAUUUGGAUAUUCCCCCAAGUACAAUCCCUGCUGAACAGAGAGUGCUACAGACAAGUUCUCCACAAUCACCAGUGCAGAUCCUUAAAAGCAACAAAAUCCGUAUUUUUCUGCUUGUAGGAAUUUUUCUAUCCCUUGUGGCUUUUGGUUUCACCGUAAUGUUACAUGGAGGAGAUUAAAGGAAAAUGUUUCCUAGCUCCAGAAUUUCCCUUUGGGACCCCUAUUAACAAAAAAAGUCUUGUAGUUGUGAAACCUGUUGACUGGCUUUGCUGUGACAUAAAACAGGCACCUCCAGUUCUCUGGGUAUUCAGUAACAGUGUGAGUGCUUCUGAGAUUUGAGAUACUGUCAGCAAAAGCUUUUUUUAUAUCUGAGCUUAAUUUUUUUAUAAGAGCUGUGCCAAAGCAGCCUAUGCAUAAGAAGUAAUAUGUCCAUCUCUCCUUGAACUUUCAGGGUUAAUGUUUAACAACUUAAAAAGUUAAAAUAGCCCUUUGCUGUAAAACUACAUCCCUGGUAGAAAUAAACAUUUCUCUGGCUGUGGUGUUCAUUUUUGCAAAUCCUAAACUCUGCUGGUGAGGUGAUGUACUCUGGACUGCCAAAGAUUGAUUUCACACUGGCUGGGGAUUUUCCUAACACAAACUCCUCUUUUCUGUGGUGUAUUUGCACCAAGUCUUACUUUGAUUUGUUUCAAACCAACCACAAAAUAAAGUGGAUGUGUAUCUAGCUUCAGCAAAGGGGGCAGGGUUUGCUUCUGGAUCAGAGCUGCAAGAAAUUACUGCAUGAAGAAUAUCUGGGUAUGGUUAUGUCUAAAACCUUGGGCAGGUGCUGGUAUGAAAGCUUCUUGGGUUUGUAACUGUGGCCACUUCCGUAGUUCACAUGCAUUCCCAGUGAUGUUUCUUCCAGGAAGAGAUAAGGGGUUUCCAUUUUAGGGCGGGCCAACAUCAUUAAGAUACAGGAAACUUCCAUUGUUUGCAGCAAAAACUGUUCCUUUCCCCGCUCUUUGUUGAAUAAACUUCUGGUGAUAGACAGGAACAGUACAAAACUGAUGCCUUGCCUGAGAAAUUGGAUCUGUGUGCAGAGUGUCUGGGAAUGCUGGGAGACAGGGUGUGCAUAGGGAAAUCCAGAGGGAAGACCAGCCCAGUCCUUCCACACACCUUGGUGAGGCAGUGCCUGGCGAGCGCCUUUGGGCAGCGGCAGCAGCGCCUCUGCCACUCUCAGGUAUCGCACCAUGCGCUGUUCCAGGAUAAGACUCCCGAAAAUUGCCAAAGCCCUGAUUUGCCUCGUUGUUGUAACACAGUUCUGCCUCUUCAUUGUCAAUUCCAGCUCCUUGUUUGAUUUGGUGAAGACAAAGAUUUUCAGGAAACUGAACAUUUUCCAACAUGCCCCAGAGACACAACAAGUGGACACCCAAAAGCAACAGGGUUUAAACUGUUCUGAUAAUGGGAACUCCAGGAGCAUUUUAAAGGUGACUUUGGGAGGACACAUCACAAGACUCAAAGAUGUGGUGGAGAAGACACCAAGAUGGAAAGGAAAGGAGGAGCAGGAGAAAACAAUGAAACCAGUUAUGAGCAUUAAGGAAGCCAAGGAGAACAUGGCUGUGAAACCACCACCCCUGUUGGAGGGAAUCAAGAAGACAACAGUGAAAACAACCCCUAUGGUGCCGGGAAACAAGGGGAAAAUAACAGUGAGGCCAGCUCCACAGGUGGAAGAAGCCAAGGAAAAGACAACAGUGAAACCACUUCCCAGGGAGAAGGGAGACAUGGAGAAGGCAACAGUGAAACCAUACUCUGGGAUGAAGGCAGCACAUGAGAACAACACAUCCAAAGACCAAGCAAAACCCAAAGCAUCAAUGAAACCUGUAAGACCUGUUCCUCAGGCUACUGCAGUGACACAGAAGAGGAAACUGAGUGCUGCUAACUUCCAAUCUGAGCCACAGUGGGAUUUUGAGGACAAGUACCUGCUGGAUAACUCAUCCCCACCCUCGACCUGCUCUGAAUCAGUGAGGGCAAGGGCUGCCAAGUCUGACUGGCUUCGGGAUCUUUUCCUGCCCAACAUCACACUCUUCAUAGACAAGAGGUACUUCAGUGACAGUGAAUGGAACCGCCUGGAGCAUUUUAUACCCCCCUAUGGCUUCAUGGACCUGAAUUAUUCACUCGUAAAGGAGGUCAUAUCCCUGCUGCCCCCAAAGCCCCAGCAGCAGCUGCUCCUGGCCAGCCGUGACAGCAGUGUGCCCACGUGCAUCAGCUGUGCUGUCGUGGGGAAUGGAGGAAUACUGAAUAACUCUGGGAUGGGCCAGGAGAUUGACUCCCAUGACUAUGUCUUCAGGGUGAGCGGGGCUGUAAUCAAGGGUUAUGAAAAAGAUGUGGGAACAAAAACCUCCUUUUAUGGAUUCACAGCCUACUCCCUGGUUUCCUCUCUUCAGAUUUUGGGACACAGAGGGUUUAGCAACAUCCCACGAGAUAAUCAUGUCAGAUACAUUCACUUCCUGGAGGCAGCAAGGGAUUAUGAGUGGCUAGACGCUCUUCUGUUCAACAAGGACAUCAGGAAAGGAUUCUUGAACCUCAGCGGGCAGAAGCCCCGGCAGAAAUUCGAUAAAGAUUUCACAAUGGACAAAUACCUGGUGGUUCAUCCUGAUUUCCUCAGAUACAUGAAAAACAGGUUUUUAAAGUCUAAAAAUUUGGAAAAGCACUACUGGAAGCUGUACAGACCCACAACGGGGGCCUUCCUGCUGCUGACUGCCCUCCAUCUCUGUGACCGGGUCAGUGCCUAUGGUUACAUCACGGAGGGGCACGAGAAGUACUCGGAUCACUACUAUGACAAGGACCAGAAACGUCUGAUUUUCUACAUUAACCAUGACUUCAACUUGGAGAAGCAGGUGUGGAAAAGACUCCAUGAUGAGAAUAUCAUGAAACUUUACCAGAGAACCUGACUGUGGCAAGGGCCAUUGCCUGGGAAAUCUCAACAACACCUCACUGGGAACAGAAGAGGACCACCAGAGCCAAGGUUAGCUCUGGACUGCCAGGCACAUUUCAUUCCCACAAAGGCAUUUCCUCCUUCAGCACCUCUGUUAUUUCACAACAUUUCAACAAAUGUGUGAAUGCUGCAGAUCCAAAGACCAGCAAGGUCAUGCAGUGUGUUAACAAAGUCCCAUCUAGGUGAGCUGCAGGACUCUUGCUGGUUGUUGUAGGAACGGGUAUUAGGAGAGCAGAAUCCAGGAUGGAUAUGGUCCCAUGUCCUUUAUGUAAUCCAGGUUUUCUCUCUUUGCAAGGCGAUGCUCCUCAGGCUGGGGCCACUUCUCUUCUGGGUGCAUCCUCUCCAUUAGCAAUGUGCAUUUUGGAGCUGGGUAUUGUCUAAAAUUCCCUGAGGAGCUGGAAUGGAUGGAGGUGGAAACACAGAUCCUGUUUCAGGUUGAUUUAAUUUCUGGGGUGGGGGCGCUGCACUCAUUCUGCUCCCUGCAGAUAAAAAGGAUGGACUGGAAACUUCCAGGUGACUAAUUCGAGAGAGAAUGAGUUUCACCUCUGCUCCCCAGUGUGGCCUUGCUAUGACACUUCCAGAGGAACACUGCCAUCAACUCAAGGGCAGGUAGCUGCUCUCCAUGGUGUAGCAGACCUCCUGUACCUGAUGUCUUUACUCCAGGGCUCCCCUGGCUGCACAAAAUGUGAAUUCAUGGCAUGGACCUGAUGUGCCAAGUCCUUGCAUAGCUGGACUUUGUCAUGCUUGGCUCCCAGCUGUGCCCAGAGCACUGUGUUUGUCCUGUUGCCAGAAGAGGUGGGAGCUCUCCAAGUCCAGGGAUGGAUGCUAUCUGUCCUUGCUGCUGGCUGAAGUGCCUGUCCCCCAUGAUGCUGAGAUGGGCCCAGCUGCAGCCAGGAGUGUGUUGGCCUCCUGUAAGUGGUUUGUGGCAUAAAUAAAUGGCACUAGCUUGGCCAAGCUGAUCUUU